CUGGGACCCGACCUCCCUAGCCGCCCAGGCGCCCACUCGAUCAAUCUGCUCCAGGCUCCAGCGAUGUGCUCCUGCGCCUGCGCGCGCCUCCCGCACCCGCUCUUCAGGCCCGCUCCAAGCCCGAAGCGCAGGCCCGCUCCCCCGCAAGGCCCGACCCCAGCCCGGAGCCGUGCCCUCGUCGCGCGCGCGGGCGCACCGGACGACGCGCAUUCGCCGCCGUCCAGCUUUGACUUCCUCGCGUUGAAGCGGGAGCUUGAGUUUGAGGAGGAGGGGGCGGUAGUGGAUGUCGAGGCGGAUGAAGGAGGGGGAGCUGUCAGCGAGGGCGAUGGGGAGAGGGAUGCGGAGAGGAGGAGUGCAAGCGGUACGAGGCGGCGGGGGAGGAGGAGGCAGAUGGCGAGACGAUCGGCUCUGCUCGCGAAGCAGGUGAUCAGUGUUAGCUCGGCACGGAGCCUUGGGUUCGUCUCGCAGCUCUGGGUCGACGGUGCCUCGUGGGUUGUUGCAUUGGUUGAAGUGAGGCCAAGCUUACUUUCAGGAGAAGAAGAGAAAUUCCUUUUUGAGGACAUAUAUCAGGUUGGAGAUGUGGUGCUUGUUGAGGAUGAAUCUGUAAUCGAGAAUGAACAUAAUAUUAUCGGAUUGCACAGCUUGGUGGGCUACAAUGUUGUAACUUCUAGGCGGCGCAAUGUUGGUAAGGUGAGUCCUUGUGGUCUUUAAAGAGAGGUGCGUGGUUUCACAUUUGACAUCAACUCAGGUGCUAUGGAGUCUCUUGAGCUUGACUCAUUUGGGUUUUCUGUCGUCCCUUCUAGUCUGGUAAGCACAUACUGUUUGUUCAUGGAAGAUGUGCUGGAUAUAGUCUCUGAUACAAUCGUGGUGCACGAAGAUGCAGUCUCCCGGGUUCAACGGUUAACACAGGGCAUUUUGGGCGCACAAAACAUCCAUGGACCUGGUGGUGAGAUCGAUGGGUACCGCAGGUCUGGGAGGAGAAGAGCAAGUAGUCAGGGAGGCCAAAAACUCCGUAGGAAAGCGAGGGAUGCCAAGGAUGAAUGGGAGCUUCCGAUGGACUAUUGACACAUCGUGCUGGUUGCAUUCUUGCAGGACGAGGAAAUUCUCUCUGCCACUAUCGAGUAUUCUGGUUAGUGCCAUUUUCUCUGCCUGUCAGUAGUCAACACUAGUAGGAUAUUGCUUUAGUUGUUGUACAUAUUGGAGGAUCACGAUUGACGAAAGGGCGGCCCUUUCAACCUGGUCAUGGUUUGGUCGCUUUGGCCCGGUGGGUUAGUGAAAAGCGAAGUUCGUUUGUUGUAAUGAUGGAAACCAAACCUCUUUUGACUUCGCCGGCACUGAAUGUACUAUACCUGUAAUCAUUCAGUGGUGCAGUAGUACCAUACUACUGGUAUUCAGUGAUUUUUUUUUGAAAAUAGCUGGUAUUCAGUGAUGGCUGAUGAGUCUGGUUUCUUGUCGCUCUUUCUGUUGCCUUGGGACCUUUUGGUAGUGGAGGCCCAUGUGCAGCAGCAAGCCGCGCCUGCGCGUGACGGCCUGCCCCACGCUCUUGGCAGUUGGCACACUAUUUGUACAGCGACCAACCAAGCUUAGCCAUCACUGUCUAUCCCCCAUGUGAACGCAUUUUGGGGUUUGAAAUCGCGGGGACCUGGCCUGACGAAUGGCCCCUCUUGCAUUCACCAGUCCAGUCAUUCACGGCCACCGGAUUCCGCCGGCCAAUUGAUUGCACUGCCGGCGCUCGCCCAACCAAAGUCAAUUCCGCCGGCGUGCAGCAGCCAAGAUCGCCGCCGUUCCUCCCACAGUGCUGCAGAUGCUGUUGGCUGGUCCACGCGCGUCGCUGGCGAUGCCGACCUGGAAGCUGAACGGAGACGGGGACGGUGGCCACUGGCCAGGGCCAGUACACGACACCUCUCGUGAUCCUCUCGUUCGUUCCCGUGGAUAGCCUACCCCUACCCGAAGCGCAUUUCCUUUCAACUGAUCUGGAUCUGUCUGUAGGUUGGGUGACUGUUUGCUUUAAAAAAAAAGAGUAUGAAGUAAUGGCGGCAGCUGGAGCUGGACUGAGCCGUCGAGCAGACGCAGCUAUCGCCCGGCGGUGGUGCCGGGCCAAGUUGCCCAACUGCGACAGGAUCUCCAUGACCGUGCACAUGGGCGUGUGCCCGUGCGGUGGCGCUGAGGUCUCCCGCUCACCAGUCCACGCCCCUGGUCCUGGACUGUGAGCGCGUUCUGGGAACUCUCCAAUCGAUCAACUGGUAAACUGGUUGCAGCAGCAGUAGUAAGCAACCGUAGUAGCCUCGCUUCGGUUCUCCAGACAAGGCCGUAACGACGACCCGGACGCUGCCGGUACGCUACAGCACGCCCGUGAGUCCGUGACCGACCUUUGACAAUUGACACGGAGUACUCCGUACUCCUACUUUUGGAACGGGACAAGGGGGAUCGGCUGCUGCCAUCACCGCCGCGUGAAGCCGCACAUGCUUGAGAGCGAGGCCUACUGCUGCCUUGCGGUCUUGCAGCACCUACGGCCAACGAACACAACAAGAUAGAAGAGAAGAGAGGAUGACCAAGCGGAACUGCCUGGCUCGAGCCACAGUGCAGGCAGGCAACCAAAUUGCACCGCGAGUCCACGCCUCCACGGACGGAACCAAUGCGCGUUUAGUUCCCAAAAUUUUUUUGGGUAAAAUUACUGUAGUAAUUUUCAACCGAAGAUUAGAAGGACUAAACAUGAUUUAAUUAUAAAUCUAAUUACAUGGAUGGAUGGGAAAUCGUGAGACGAAUCUAUUAAGCAAAUUAAUCUGUCAUUAGAUAUUGAUUAAUGUAGCACGACAUUAUUUAAUCAUUGCAUAAUUAGGUUCAGUAGAUUCGUCUCGCGAUUUUGCCUGGGAGUUGUGGAAUAGGUUUUGUCAGUUAUCCACAUUUAAUACUCCUAAUUAGUGGUUAACAUUUGAAGUUACUGUAGCGUAACGAAAUUUUUUGGGAACAACGGGCCCAAAACAAGACCACCGACCCACCCACCCACGCAGCACGCGGCACGGCUGCAAGGGCUCACCGGCUCACCGCUUGGCCACGACCAGCAGCAGCAGAGCACGCGCGCGGGCAGGGCCCCGGCCCCACAAGGCGUCGCUGCGGCACCCGCCAACCGGAGCCGAUCGACCACGAGUCCAGUCAGAGCGCCGGAAUGAGGUGGCGGCCGGGGAGGCGCUCCCUGCCUCCCUGGCUGCCUCCUCUGUCCUCUCUGACCGGCUCGCGCGACGCGGCUCGGUCUCGAGCAGCAGAGUCGUCCGGUCAACACAGGCCCAGCCAGUCAACUGUCAACCCAUCACGACCCCCCCCCCCCCUCCUGUUCCUCUUAUUUUACCGCGCGCACGUUUGACCACGGACUGGGGCGAGGAGUCCCCCUUCCCUUGGCCGUGUUUGGUUACUGAGCAAAUUUUUUGCGCACGUUUUUCGAGAAGAAAAUCUUAUAUGCAUGGAGUACUAAAUAAAGUCUAUUUGGAAAACCUUUUCAGGGAUGGGUGUAACUUUUCGAGACAAAUCUAAUGACGGUAAUUAAUUGAUGAUCUGCUACAGUGAUGCUACAAUAACCAUCCUCUAAUCGCGCGGUCAAAGACCUCAUUAGAUUCGUCUCGCGAUUUACACGGGGGUUGUGGAGGUGGUUUUAUAAUUAGACUUCGUUUGCUACUCUAAAUUUUUGGUCAAAAAUGCUACAGUAAAAUCAUGAAAUGUAACCAAACACUUCUCCCGGUCCCCUUCGCGGGCUUCGCCCUCCCCCCCCCACUCCGCAGCUCAGUUCACACCGGUGGUGAGGCGCUAGCUUUCUCCCUCCCCCAGUCAACUGCUCCCGCCUCGCCGCGGGAACGGCGACUUGUUUUUUUUAAGUGUCCUGGUCGUUUUUGCGGCCUCUUGCGGCGCAAGUGCGGCAUAACUUCGGAGACAAGGAGGCGGGAGGAAGAAACAAGAGACAAGGGGAACGAGACGAGACGACACGGCCUGGGCUCAGAGAAGAGGAGAGAGGACGAGGAGGAAGCGUCCAGAGGCUACAGGCCCCGCAGAAAGGUUAGUUCUCUCCCUCCCUCCCUCCCCCCUCUCUCUGGGGAUUCUUCUCGCGGGUAGUUUGAUCCAGUCGGUGAAUUGAGCUUGGAGAUGGGAGUCUGCACGGCAGGCAGGGUGUCUCGGCUACUCCCCCACCCUUUCCAUGAGAGGCUAGUUCAGGACUUGUCUGAGUUCUGAAUGUACAGGUAGGAUGAUUCGGGGUGUUCAUUAUGGCAAGGAGUUGCUUCCUUCGUUGUUUUGCUGUCCUGGCUCGGGAGAUCGCGCGUUGUUUUGGGGUAGGGAUUCUGCUCCGACUUUUGUGGGUGCUUUGUGCUACCUAAUACCGGCCAUCAUAGCAACCUUGGUUCUAUUAGUUGUUUUCUGAAAGAGGUCUUUUGCGGUCGUUGUACCGGGACCGAAAUCAUCUCUCUUUCUAAAAGCGCUAGUUCAAAGUUGAUCAUUUUAGGUGUUUGUUCAAGUAGAUUAAUUUGCGGGUGGUUGCGAUUUUGGGGGAAGCUCGAGGAUAAUUGAUGACCUUGUGAUUCAUGAUGAACAGGACAAAGGGGUUAGGACAAUUAGCAGCUUUUGAAGCCUAUCUAAACGAAUCACUAGCUUUUCUGAUUUGUUGUUUUCCUGUCGAUAAAGUUCUUGUGAUUCCUACUUUUUACUUUGCCAUUAGAUCAAAACGGCGUGCAAAUUUUGACUGCAGAGCAAAUUUUCAUGCUACACAACCCAAUAAAGACUGCUAUUCUGCUCUGUAACUGAGAUUCUGAUCCUCUUUCCUUGAAUAUUUGCAGCUGUAGGCGCCUUCUGGUAUUAGAACUCAGGAUAGAGGACACAUCCUUCGCAACUUUGGUGGUCACUGAAUUUGUGAGAUCCUGGUGAUGUUAUGGUCCUUUCUUCCUUGAUGGCAAACACAGAAGGUUAUCGCCUUGUGAGAUGCCCAAAGUGUUUGAACGUUCUCCCAGAACCGCCCAAUGUUACGGUCUACAGAUGUGGAGGAUGUGGCACCACUCUCCGAGCUAAAAUCCGGGCUAGCAAUGGACAAGAUGUGGCCAAGAAACAAGUUCGGCAAGACUCCGACAAUUUUUCGGUUGCUACCUCAGUGAGUAAUGGAGUGCCUGCUCAAACCAAAGAUCAUGCUUCCACCGGAGUUACUAUGGACAGCUCCUGCAUUGCCGACACUCCUAGCACCGAGCAUGGCAGCGAUGCCACAAUGAGCAAUCAAAGCGGUGGUGAUGUGCUACCUGAGAACAAUGAUAUGGAAGUUCAGAAUAACGAGAGGACAGACCAUCAGGAUUUUGAAUGCCAGGAUACCAAUUCAAGGAUGGAAGGUCCUGCUGACCUGGAAAACUACAAUGCAAAUAGCUCAUUCCGAGAUUCUGGCGAAGCAGAAAACCGCACCAUUGAACAACCUGCAGAGAAUUCAGAGACUUGCAGAGUAAAAGAAGAUGAUGAUACGGAAUGCCUCCACUUGAACGCCUCUGAAAACAACAUGCUUUCUUCUGAGUUGAGCAAAGCAGCUGUCAGUAUGCAAGAUGCUGAGCAGAAGGAAGCCGGCGCAGCCGAACAUGCAGCAAACAAGAAGAGCUAUCUUGUUAGGGUACUGUCUCGGUCUUGUGAUCUCCGAGCGUCAGUCAACUCGCUUGAUUUCCAUUCUGCACGGACUUCUCUUCAGUCAAAGAGCUUCAGGGCAAGUGAACCUCUCCAAUCAAAGAUCAUGAACACGGUGGAUGAGCUGAAGGGCGACCUUUCUGAAUUGUUCCAUAAACCUUCAGAAUCCAAGCCAAAGGCGUAUCAUCAUCCUCCACGUCCUUCCAGACAAGAUGCAGGUCACAUGGCUCGUGCUGCCAUCACAUCCAGUGCACCUCUUGCAGCAUAUCAUCCUGCUCCCAAGCAUUCCGGCUACGCUGCUCGCCUCAGCAGGUCUGGCCAGGUUGCUCCCCGUGGGCUGCCCUCGCUGCGAUACCGCCGGCACAGGGUUUAUUCUUACCAUCACAGCGUGCAAUCGGAGAUGAGACCCUGCCGGCACGAGUGCUGCCACAGCUGCCAGCCACCCUGUUACAGGCCCUGCAAGCAAGAACAUGCGGCAAUGCACAGGCCUCCGGUCAACAAGGAGAUCAAGCGCCGCCCCCCGCCCAGAAACCACUGCCGGCCGGUCCUCCGCGGCGCCCCCUUCGUCAUCUGCUCCAACUGCGUCAGGCUCGUCCAGCUGCCCACCGACUUCGCCGUCCCGAGCAGAGCGACUCGCCGGCUGGAGUGCGGCUCCUGCUCCGAGGUCCUGUCCUACUCCUACAGGGACCCCAGCAGGAAGAAGCCGCAGUCGCCGUUCGGCGGCGACGAGUACAGCACGGACGGCUACGACUACGAGGUCCGCCACCACCAGCAGGCCGCUGGCGACGGCCGCUACGCCGCCGGGUUCGAGCAGGCGGACCCGGUGUCCUACUCGGAGGAGUACGGGCUCUCGUUCGGCGUGAGCCACUCGACCAGCACCGAGGACGGGCAGCCGCUGUACGUGUCGAGGAACUCGUCCUUCAACACCGCCGACGGGAGGGAGGGCACGGACGGCAAGCUCCACCGGCUGAUGGGGUACUCGUCGGCGAGCGAGCUGCUGCGGCGCUACUCCCCCGACCUGUUCGAGAGCUUCGACGGGCGCACGCCCAAGCCCAGCAGCGCGAGAGCGCACGCCCACGCCGACAGGAAGGGCAAAGGCGUCUGGGUGGCGGAAGAAGGCGACGCCGACGCGCCGCCGUGGGACGGUGGGGCGGCGAAGCCGUCCAAGGUCAGGAGCGGCGGCCUGCCGCUCCAGGGGAUUCUGAAGAAGGGGAUCCACAGCCUGGAAUCGCUCAAGCUCAGGUCGUAGCUGACGCCGACCAUUCGUCGUGUCGCCACGUCCGGGGGAUUCUGAACUCUGAAGAAGGGCGGCGAAGUUUAGGAGAUGGUAGCAUACGCGACAGUAGACUGGUUUUAGAUUUCGAGCACGCGACAGGAUUGAUUCAGUCGCCGGCGUUGCGAUGGGCGUUUUAGUGGUCAGGCAUUUCUGAUCGCUGUGUGCUGACUGUUGAUGAGGUGUUUGCACUUCAUCUGUAAAGUUUGUUGUCUUGGCAAUUUUUGUGUGGUGUUUGACAUGCUCAAUGCUGUGAGUGUGAAUACUGAUGACAUUAAUAUUGUUGCAGUUAGGCUUUGUGAGA